AUGUCAUUAGACAACGAUCCAGAUAGCGGGGUUCAAACGCCGCUCCUCGCAGAUAGCGGAGAAACUGAGUAUGGCACAGUAGAUGGGAUUGCAGUCGCAUCAUCCGAACAAUCAGAGCGUGGUACAUUCACGCGCAAUCUCGGUGCCAUAGACGCCUUUGCCAUAAUCAUAAGCAUUGUCAUCGGAAGUGGCAUCUUCACAUCUCCCGGGUCAAUUGAUGCAAAUGUUCCCUCGCCAGGUGUCGCGCUGGUGCUAUGGCUCCUGGGCGGGGUUCUGGCUUGGACGGGAGCAAGUACCUUGGCAGAGUUAGGGACUGCAAUUCCGGGGGAAGGGGGCGUCCAACCAUAUCUCAAGCGUAUCUUCGGCGACAUCUUCGGCUUUCUGGCUGCCUGGACGUGGAUCGUUGCUGUUAUGCCAGCCACGCUUGCAAUCCUGAGCAUCGUCUUCAUCGAGAGCAUUUUCUCCGCUGCAGGUGUAGCUGAUCAAGCUGGGAGGAUUGAGCACAAGCUCUUGUCUGUCCUCGUCCUGCUUCUCGUAAAUGGGGCCAACUCCAUUAGUACAAAAGCUAGUACCCGACUGAACAAGUUCUUCGUCGUCACCAAAUUUGUCAGCAUCUUGGGAGUUGUAGUUGCGGGGAUAGUCGUUCUGAUCAUUGGAGCUUCAAAUCCGGAGAGGAAUAUUGGGGGCAGGGACUGGUUGACAAAGUCUUGGUUUGGGUUUAGGGAUAGUGUGUUACCUGACGGUAGUAUCAUUGAAUGGGAAAUGUUGAGUCAAUGGGAGAUCCUUGGGCACUACUCUACAGCGCUGUAUGGAGCUUUAUGGGCGUAUUCAGGAUGGGACAAGGCGGUUUACAUUUCGGCUGAGCUCAAGUCUCCAGCCCGUCAGCUCCCACUCGCUAUUAACACUUCUGUUCCAACCAUCAUCAUUUGCUUCAUUGCAGCAAAUGCAGCUUACUAUAUACUUCUUCCCUGGAACUUGGUUUCUACGACAGACAGCGUGGCCGUGGCCGCCAUAACUCGACUAUUAGGACAUGGUUUUGGUAUCGUAGCUGCAAUUUUGGUCUGCCUUGUAGUUGCGGGAGCACUCCUAGGAAACUCAUUCGUUGCUGGCCGUAUGACAGUUGCCGCUGGAAACAUGAACUGGCUCCCUCGUUUCUUCGCUGUUGUUGGCAAGGUCGGCGCCACGUCCAAUUCAGAUCCGGAAUCGACUGACCCACCGGAAACUUACAAAUCAGACGCCCCUCUCAAUGCUCUGCUUCUUUCCACUAUACUUUCGACGCUGUACAUUCUUUUUGGAAGUUUCCGCGCCCUUCUUACGUUCAAUGGUCUGGGCGAAUACUCGUUCUUCUUCCUGACCGUCCUAGGCGCAAUCGUCUUGCGAUACCGUGAGCCGGACCUGAAGAGGCCAUAUAAGCCUUUUAUUCUCAUUCCAGCAGUCUUCGUGGUGGUGAGCGGGUUUAUCGUCGUGCGGGGUGCCAUCUUCGCUCCUGUGCAGGCGGGCAUAUUGGUCCUAGUUUGGAUCAUUGGCGGGGGCUUCUAUUUGGUAAGAAGGUCGUGGACAAGAACUAGGGAAGUGGAAGAGUAG